CUUUAAUCUGUGUGUGACUGGGAGCUUCAGGAGAAUUUAGCUUUAGGAGAAGGCGUUUAGCGCUAAGAGCGGCGUUAUUUUUAAGGUCGUUAACGGGUUUUGACCGGGUGUCUUGCUUCCCUUGGAGGAGAAGAACGGCGCUGACAGCCAGUGAACUGCCACACAUGCAUGCAAAUGUCUGUUGCCUCCGCCGGUGGAUGACUUUGCUUUGUUUCCGAGCUUGUUAACCAGGUUAUGCUGCCCAAAAGCUGUCUGAGUCCCAGUGAGAAAGAGAAGGGCUAAAGCCUCACCAGUCUAAACCAGCUUUCCAGCGCCUCUCCAGCAACGACUCUACUGCAGAGCCAUGAGCAACCCCAGUGCUCCCAGCGAGGUUACAGACGCCGUGACUUCAGUUAUUCACGGACCAGAAGCUCCUGCUGGUUCAUCACUACACGGGUCUCCACAACCAGAAGAGGAGGAUGAUGGGGACCUGAAUAAAGCCUUGGGUGUCGAGCGCUUCCAGCAGAUCCUCAGGCCUGCUGCUGCUGUGCCUGAUAAGGAGCACCACACUUGCCAUGAGGAAGACAUUGAAUACCACCGUCACUCCUCUCACCACAUCCACCGGCCUCUGUCCAAACUGCCCUCCGAAGGACGCAGGAAGAAGAGCAGCAAGAAAAGGAGAAAGGAUAAAGAUCACAAAACUAGUCAGCCUCCCUGCAGCGUCCCUAUAGAGGAAGGAGAAGAUGAGGAGGAAGAGGAAGAGGAGGCGACAGAGCUAAAUUCUGUUCUGUCUGAGUCAGAGAAGUCCAAAGAUGUGGAGUUCUUUGUUUCAGAAGAUGACUGUAUGGCUAAAGUUGGCAAAGAGAGCCCGCACUCAGUCCGAAGACUUGAUAUCGUGCCACAGUCCGGUGUGGGAGGCGAACCCGAAGAUACAACAUCUACAGAUAAACUGCCUUCAUCCGAGCCCUCCAGCCCCACUGCACAGUCAGUCCCACCCGAGCACAUACCGCUGUCCCGUGUCUCUUCUGCCAGCCGCAGCUACGACCUGACAGAGCGCCGGCGCACGGGCAACAUGACGGGUGCUGAGCAGGCGAAGUACGAGCGCAUCCCCACCGAUGAGAGCGAAGCGCAGACGCUGGCCUCUGCUGACCUGGAUGGCAUCAAGAGCCAUCGCUUUGAAGAUGUUCCCGGCAUGCGCCGACACCUGGUCCGCAAGAGCACCAAGAACCAAGUGGUGCACACCGGCAAAGACCACAAAGAGCCGACAACUCGCAGUCGCAAGCAGGAUCGCACCCCCCACGAGGUGUUCGUGGAGCUGAACGAGCUGACCAUGGACAAGAACCAGGAGAUGCAGUGGAAGGAGACGGCCCGCUGGAUCAAGUUUGAGGAAGAUGUUGAGGAGGAGACGGACCGCUGGGGGAAGCCUCAUGUCGCUUCGCUGUCUUUCCGCAGUUUGCUAGAGCUCAGAAGGACCAUCUCCCACGGUGCGGUGCUGCUGGACCUUGACCAAAAGACUCUGCCUGGCAUCGCCCACCAGGUGGUGGAACAGAUGAUCAUUUCUGACCAGAUCAAAGCAGAAGACCGAGCCAACGUCCUCAGAGCCCUGCUGCUCAAACACAGUCACCCGAGCGAUGAGAAGGAGCACAGUAGCCAUUUCCCCAGGAACAUUUCCGCAGCCAGCCUCGGCAGUCUGAUAGCACACCACCACAAUGCCAACCACGCCUAUCAGACAGAGCCGUCAGUGACCGACCCCCUCAUGGGCACGGCCCGCUGUACAGGGGACACAGAGACGCACAUCGACAUGGAGAAGAAUGAAGUGCCACAGAGGGAGCCGAGCAUUGGACCUGGCAUGCAUCGGUCCAAGUCCAAGCAUGAGCUGAAGCUGCUGGAGAAGAUUCCUGAAAAUGCUGAGGCCACAGUGGUCCUUGUGGGCAGCGUGGACUUCCUGGAGCAGCCCACCAUGGCGUUUGUGCGGCUGCAGGAAGCGGUGGAGCUGGAGUCCGUCCUGGAAGUGCCUGUGCCUGUCAGAUUCCUCUUUGUUCUGCUGGGACCCCCGACUACCAGCAUGGACUACCACCAGAUAGGACGUUCCAUCUCCACCCUCAUGUCUGACAAGCAAUUCCACGAGGCGGCCUACCUGGCAGACGACAGGCAGGACCUGCUGAACGCCAUCAACAGCUUCUUGGACUGCAGCAUCGUGCUGCCGCCUUCAGAGGUGGGAGGUGACGAGCUGCUGCGCUCUGUCGCCCGCUUUCAGAGGGAGAUGCUGCGUAAGAGGGAGGAACUAGAGGUCAAAAUGUUGGCCAAAGAGCCUAAAAGCCUUGAAGAUAAAGAGGCCCUCCUCGCACCUUUGAAAAAGUCAGACGACCCCUUAGCGCGUACUGGACGCCCAUUCGGUGGGCUGAUACGAGACGUGCGGCGGCGUUACCCAAAGUACUUCAGUGACUUCAAAGAUGCCCUGAACAGUCAGUGCAUGGCCGCCGUCAUCUUUAUUUACUUCGCUGCCCUUUCUCCAGCCAUAACAUUUGGAGGUCUGCUGGGUGAGAAGACACACGGCCUGAUCGGUGUCUCGGAGCUGAUUGUGUCGACAGCGAUGCAGGGCAUUAUCUUCUGUCUGCUCGGGGCUCAGCCACUGCUGGUUGUGGGCUUCUCUGGACCUCUGCUGGUCUUUGAAGAAGCCUUUUAUAGUUUCUGCACAUCAAACAACAUAGAGUACCUGACGGGCCGCGUCUGGAUCGGCUUUUGGCUCAUCAUCAUCGUGGUCCUCACCGUGGCCUUCGAGGGCAGCUUCCUGGUGCGCUUCGUCUCCCGCUUCACCCAGGAAAUCUUCUCCUUCCUCAUCUCCCUCAUCUUCAUCUGCGAGACCUUCAUCAAGCUUGGCAGGAUUUUCAAGGAGCACCCACUGAAACGCUGCUCUUUCGACAACGGCACCGAUGGCAACACCUCAGUGGGAAACACCACCCUCAUGGCUAACAGCAGCAACCAGCCGGUGAUGGAGAAGGUCAGAGGGGAGCCGAACACGGCGCUGCUCUCUCUGGUUCUCAUGGCUGGAACUUUUUUUAUUGCCUUCUACUUGCGCAAGUUCAAGAACAGCGCGUUCUUCCCUGGAAGGGUCCGCAGGAUGAUUGGAGAUUUUGGGGUACCGAUUGCAAUCCUCAUCAUGGUUUUAGUGGAUUACUCCAUAGAAGACACAUACACACAGAAACUGAGCGUCCCCAGUGGAUUUUCUGUGACGAGUCCCGAAAAGCGCGGCUGGUUCAUCAAUCCUCUGGGAACGAAGGAGGAGUUCCCCAUCUGGAUGAUGUUUGCCUGCUGCUUGCCCGCUCUGCUGGUUUUCAUCCUCAUCUUCAUGGAGACUCAGAUCACCACGUUGAUAGUCAGUAAAAAGGACCGGAUGCUUGUCAAAGGUUCUGGUUUCCAUCUGGACCUGCUUCUGAUCGUGGUACUGGGCGGCACCUCGGCUCUAUUUGGCCUCCCGUGGAUGGCCGCUGCGACCGUUCGCUCGGUGACCCACGUCAACGCCCUCACAGUCAUGAGUAAGGCCGUUGCUCCUGGUGACAAGCCUCGCAUCCAGGAGGUGAAGGAACAGAGGGUCACCGGACUCCUGGUUGCUGUUUUGGUCGGCCUGUCGAUCGUGAUCGGUGAUCUGCUGCGUCAGAUCCCCCUAGCCGUGCUCUUCGGGAUCUUCCUCUACAUGGGUGUGAUGUCACUAAACGGUAUCCAGCUAACGGAGCGGAUGAUGCUUCUACUCAUGCCACCAAAGUAUCACCCUGAUCACACCUACGUACGCAAGGUCCGCACGCUGCGCAUGCAUCUCUUCACCUGCAUCCAGCUGGUGUGUUUGGCGGUGCUGUGGGCCGUUAUGUCGACGCAGGCGUCUCUGGCUUUCCCCUUUGUCCUCAUCCUCACUGUCCCCGUCAAGAUGUUCGUGCUGCGACAGAUCUUCACCGCCAGAGAGAUGGCAUGUUUGGAUGCUGACGAUGCAGAGCCUAAAUUUGACGAGCGCGAGUGUCACGACGAGUACUCGGAGAUGCACAUGCCCGUGUGACCUGCUGCAGGCCUUCCUGUCGUCGUGCAGCUCCUCUAACAUCAGUCAGUUAUUACCAGCGAGAGAUCCGGGACAGUGUCCUUAAGCCUGGAAAAAAAAAGCCUGUCCCUCUUUGUCAUUAAAGUCCAGUAUGUCAGAGGUUGCUUUGACUUUUAACUUUUCACUAUUUAAAAAGCUUUUCUGCUGGUUUAAUAACACAUUAUGUCUCAAAUAUUGGGAAAGCAGCUUUAAACUCUUGGCUUAGUUUUUAUUUUUUUAAACACAUUUCAGGGGAAGAAAGUUACCAAAUCAAAUUACUUUAUCUCAAGCUCAGUUAAACACAUUAAUAGUACAUAGAUCUGUACUGAUUGAUAAUUACCUUUUUUUUUUUUUUUUCUUUUUUUUUUUAGCCCUGAAAGUUGCUCUGAUUCACAUUGAAUAUGUGGAAGAUAAUGGGAUACAUUCCUUUAUAAUAAGAGUUAUUGCAAUUCACUUUUUUCUUUCACAUUUUAAGAUCACCAAGCGCCUUAUGAAGGAAAUGAAAAGGUAUUCAGAUUUUUUUCCUUUAUUCUGUCUCAUUUUAGACAGCUGAUGAGUUUACCCUAAAUCUCGUAGCACUUUUUUUAACAUACCAAAAUCUCAACAGUGACUGUAUUUGAUGUAAUCGAUGCUGCUUUAGUUUGCUUCAUAAAUGAUCUGUGAGUGAUUUUUAGCCUGUCCUGCUUUAACUAAUUGUUCUUUUUGUGCAGAAAUGCAGCAUUUUAGGUGGUAGCAGGGCCUUUAUGUCAAAUUAUGUACCUGCAGUGAGUUUAGACCACCAGCAGGGGGAGAUCUUGCAGGACUGCUAUGAUGAUGUACUGAAAAAAACGGUAUUAAAAAAAUGCAAUUUCUCCCUACACUAACGCCAUCAUAUCAUAUUUAUCAUCAUCAUGCAAACACUUUUUUUUUUUUUUAAUGCAAAAUGACACUGUGGCAUAUUAAUUUGUACUCUAAAUGUCUCCCCACGCACACAUAGGGUACUAAUGUAGUGUGUUCUGAGGUCUCGUUUAUUGUGGUCAGUUUCUUGGUGCCAAAUGUCUCAUGUAAAUAGUUUUGUGGUCAGAACAAUAAGCUGCAGUUCAGUCACAUGAGAGCUCCUAACUUGAAGGAAUUUUAGCCCAAAUGGAACUAUUUUCAUAGCGCUGCAUUCCUUGUUUUAUCUGAAACAUUUCUCUCAUGCUCAUGUCAGCCUAGUUGACCAAAUUUCCACACCACCUGUGUAGACAAUCUCAAUAUUCAUGCAUUGCUGAGAGGGAAGACUUUUAAAAAUAUGUACAUUUUUUAAAAGUUUUUCUCAUGUUGCAUCAGUGAGACAUGGAUUGGUUGAAGCUUUGACUGUGUCAAAUUAAAUAUUCGGUCCUCUGUUACGCUCACAUACAUGUUUCAAGCACUACUUUUCCCCCCGAACGGGCCCGUGUCAGCCUGACUGUUUCUGUAAUCUUGUUGCCUUUUUUGAUGUCACAAAGUCUCACACAAUCUGAAGUGCUCGUGGGACCGUGAAGUGAUCAGCUCCAAGUAUCUUCUGUGUUUGUAAAGAUGGCACAAACAUUACAGUAGUUUGCACUUUUGAGAUGCACGUAAAUCAAAUAUUUCACUAUUAUUUAUCUGUUAGAAUAAGUGGAGUAACUGCUGCAUUAGAAGCCUUAAUCGGGGUAUAUCGCACAAUAUUUUUUCUUGUGUAUGCACUCGGCUGCAGAACGGCCACAACGGUGAAGGAAAUAUUUAUGACAAGUUGCUUUUUUGUGCCCAUGAAUGGAGUGAAAGCAGUCUGUGUACAUCUAACUCUACAAAAGUAUGCUGAUGUUGAAAAUAUGUGGAUUCAUUUCAGAAGCAAUACAAAGUUUGAGAGGCUAUUGCUCAUGUUCUCGUGUACAAUUGUUCAGAUAUUGAUGACAAAUAAAGGUUCUUUUCUACUA